UCUAAACACGACAUCUAUUAACAAUUUGCAAAUAUUUCCUAAAACUAUUUUCCAAAAUUCUUUUAAAUUGGCAGUAGGUGAAGGGCAACUGUACUUGUCUAUGAGCAAUGGCGUCUUGGAUGUUUGGGAAGGGCUUUGUAAUGUGCUCAUCGCUUCUGCUUUUCUUGUUAGCAGUUGCAUCCGUUUGUGGUGAGCAAACUAGCAUUCUAGAUUCUCUUCCGGCUGACUUUCUAGCUUCAUUGACCGAAAAAGAAGCUGGCGAACUAGACUCGAAGCUCUAUGAGGAAGAGAAAGAGCCCUCAUUCAAGAAACUAGCUAAGCCAAUGAAAGUACCGAUUCCUAUGAUGUAUGCAGUACCUGUUCCUCUGAAAUCUACUCGUGGUUUAUUAAAAGCUGGAAAAAAAGUUGCGGUAGUAAAAAAGGUUAAAGCAGCAAAGUUACUGGUACCGAAGGUUAAAGCAGUGAAACUGCUGGCACCGAAGGUAAAAGUAAUGGUACCGAAGGUUAAAGUGGCAGCCGCCCUCAAGAAGAAACCAAAAGUGUACAAAUUGAAGCCAAUCGUCCACGUAAUUGAGAAGCCAGUCCCUGUGUACCAUAAAGUUCCUGUUCCGAAAAAGGUUAUCGUUCCGAAAUUUUAUCCAGUUUACAAACCUAUACCUGUUCCUAAAUUCCUUCCCGUUCCAGUUAAGGUGCCCAUUAAAAAGAUCAUUCCAAAGAUAGUAAAGAUUCCGAAGCCUAUUCCUGUGCCAAAAUUUGUACCGGUAAAGAAGUUGAUUCCUAUUGGAAUUCCAUAUCCCGUACCAAAAUUCGUGAAAGUACCUAUACCGAAACCAGUGCCCUAUGCAAAGUUUAUACCUAUUCCAGUUCCUAAAAAGGUUCCGAAAUUCAUACCAGUUCCAGUUAAAAAGAUAAUCAAAGUGCCGAAACCAUACUAUGUUCCUGUGAAAGUUCCACAUAUUACAACAAGCUACAUGAAGACGCCAAUGGUUGUUGAUGUACCGCACGUGAAGUACAGCUUGAAGGAGCCAGCAGUCAUCAAGAAACCAAUAAUCGUCAAGAAGCCAGUGCUCAUCAAGAAACCAGUAGUUAGUUUCAUUCCUGUGGAUAAAAAAGAUGUCUUCAAAGUAAAAGAUGCCGAUACUUAUAAAAAUUCGGAAUACGAAAAAUCUGAAGACUUCCUGAAAGGAUUUGAAUCCGAUAAAUUUUAAAAUUAGCAAGAUUAUCAAAAUGGUGUAUUUUAAUAAAAGCCUUUAUAUUUCCUUGUA